GCUCCAGCGCUGCCGUUGUCCCCGCGUCCCCGCAGGCUGCAGCGGGCGCUGGAGGAGAAGCGGCGCUGCCAGGACGAGCUCCGGCGCCGGCACCGGGAGCUCCAGGCCCAGCUGGACGCGCUGAAGGCAUCGGAGCAGCGGCUCAAGCUUCGGGUCCAGACCCUCACAGCAGAGCUGGCGUCGAGCCGGAGGGGCCACAGGGCGCCCGCAGCUCCGGGGUCCCGAGAGAGGCGCCCCACAUCGCGGUCCCCAUCCCCUGCAGCCCCACCCCGCUUUGACCCCACUGCCUUUGUCCGGGCCCGGCAGCGGCGGCAGCAGCAGCUCCAGCCCCACAACCAGCGCCGUGGGGCAGGGGGCGGCAGCAGCAGCCCCGCCAGGAGCCGGGGACGCAGCUCCUCGGCCGAGAGCUGCCGGAGCCGCCGCUCGGGGCUGAGCUCAGGCAGUGGGGCUGAGGACCCCCCCCAGCGCCAGAGGAGGACCCCCCAUGGCCGGAGACCCCUCAGCACCUUGACCUGCAAUGGGGCCAGGGCGGGCCAGCGCGUGACCUCCUGCAAGCCCCCCACAACCAAGCGCCCCAGUAAAGAGCCCCACCACGACUCUGAACUUGCUGAGGUCGACGCGCGGCUGCGGGCGCUGCAGGAGGUCAUGGCCAGGAUGUUACCCCCCAGCAGCCAAUGGGAGCCCCCCGGGACCCACAUGUGACCAAUGGGAGCCCCCCAGGACCCACAUGUGACCAAUGGGACCCCCCCGGGACCCACAUGUGACCAAUGGGAGCCCCCCGGGACCCACAUGUGACCAAUGGGAGCCCCCCGGGACCCACAUGUGACCAAUGGGACCCCCCCCGGACCCACAUGUGACCAAUGGGAGCCCCCGGGACCCACGUGUGACCAAUGGGAGCCCCCCAGGACCCACAUGUGACCAAUGGGAUCCCCUCCAGGACCCACAUGUGGCCAAUGGGAGCCCCCCCCCAGGACCCACAUGUGACCAAUGGGAGCCCCCCAGGACCCACAUGUGACCAAUGGGAGCCCCCCGGGACCCACAUGUGACCAAUGGGAGCCCCCCCCCGGGACCCACAUGUGACCAAUGGGAGCCCCCCGGGACCCACAUGUGACCAAUGGGACCCCCCCAGGACCCACAUGUGACCAAUGGGAGCCCCCCGGGACCCACAUGUGACCAAUG